AACAGCUUGCCUGCUCUCACAUCGAAGCCUCCAGGCCACCCACACUAUCUCGAGCUCUGGGAAGAUGAAGCUCUCGUUAGAUAUGUAAUGCAGCUUGAUUCAAGCAACUUUCCCUCGCUCAGACCAAUGCUUAUUGCUGCUGCUAAUUCUAUG